ACUGGCUAUGCUCUAUGCAUAUGACAGCAAGUACUUGUCAAAGAGCCGCCGCUAUUUUGUAUUGGCGUUAUUUAUAGUUAUGUUAAUAUUGUUACUUUUAUAAAUAAUCUAUAAUACGUUUCCAUAUAAUUUAACGCAACCAGCGAUGGCGGAUCAAUCUCUUAAUUUGUCACAGUCUAAAUCAGUUCGCAAUCUUCCGGAUGUUGCAUAUAGUCCAUCUGCUCGAAAUGUUUUUCUUCCCAGUAAAUUACGAAAAUUAUUGGAAGAACAUCCCCCACGAGCGGGUGAUACAUUGACUGAAAGUUCAGAGCCCCCCGUGCCUAAUAAAAUGCAACGUUUGUUGGAAGAAUAUAGUUUAAUAGAACGCACUCAGCAUGGUUUAAGCAAUUCUUCCAAUGCUACUGGACCAGGGGUAUUGCCUGCUGAUAUAGAUGAAAUGAGCACAACCGAAUUAUCUUUUUUAGAAGCUGUACGCUCAGAAAAAUUGACGCAGUAUACAUUAGUCAGAGAAAAAUCUGAUUUAUUGUUUCCACAGUUUUACGAGUUAUUGCAGUCACGUUUCAAUGAGAAUGAAGUAUUUGACACAAUUCUUGAUAUUGUACAUUUGUGUGCUGAAAUGCUUUUCGAAACUCAUAAGGAUAUACUACAUGACGGAAAUACGAAAAGAAAGGCAAUAAAUGCAGCCUGGCUGGAGGACGAGAUGAAGACAUGGCGCUUGCUUUAUGCUCUUUAUAAAGAUAGACUCUUUUUGCAAGCAGAUAAUGCCAAUGAUUUAGAAAUAAUCCCGUUAGGAGUGUCGGAAAAGGAAGUUGUAACUCAGUUGUAUACAUAUAAUUCUACAUUGCGUGAAUAUCAAUUAGUAGUUGAUUGGUUAGAAGCUUGCUAUGAUUUAUGCGAUACAACUUCCCAAAUCGGUCAUUCUAAAGACGCAUCAGCUGGUUGGGAGAAUACCUUACUUCAAAAGAAAUUUCCAAGAUCUGUAGCGUUCGGAUAUACCGACAAUCUAGUAGAGUCACUUGAUCCAGAUGCGCCUGUUCGUGAAAAACGUCGGCUACAUAUGCUUGAUGAAGAAGACAAUUUCAGGCUCUCGAAAUCAAUAUUUCACGAGAUACGUCAAGGCCGCAUUAAUGAAGCGAUUGCCAUUUCCAAAUACUGCGGACAAACAUGGCGUGCGGCGAUAUUGGAAGGUUGGCGAUUGCAUGAUGAUCCAAAUUAUGAAAAUGUUUUAUCAAAUAAAAGUUUAAAAGUUCCUGUCGAGGGCAAUCCUCGACGUGAUUUAUGGAAAAAGUGUGCUUGGAAUAUGGCUAGUUCAGAAAAACAAGAUGACUAUACGCGUGCCAUAGCUGGGACUUAUUGUGGACAUCUUACCUCUCUUAAAAUGUUGUUACGUGGCUCUUGGGAGGAUUUGUUGUGGGCUUAUCUUAAAACACAAAUUGAUAUACGAGUUGAAAGUGAAAUUCGUUCUUGUUGUCUAAAAACCUACCUUCCAAUGCCAGAUGAUUACUGGAACAAUAAAAUGACUUUAGAGCAAAUUUUUAAUGAAUUAUCGGUCCACUCAGACUCUGCCAUACGCGACUAUGCAAGUAGUAAAGUUGGUAUAAUACAAAUGCAUUUAAUCAUGGAUAACACAUCUGAACUUUUAAAGGAUAUGAAUAAAUGGAUUGAAGAAAGUAAAAAAUCCAAACCACUAACUCCACAUAUGCUGCGUUUUUUAACACAUAUCGUAUUAUUCUUACGACAAAUCGGGCGCGUUGAUAAAGAAGAAUAUGCUGAUAAUGUUAUAGAAGCAUAUGUUGAAGCUCUUAUCAACAUGAGAAAUUCAUCGCUUAUUUCAUUUUACACUGCAGCAUUACCUGGUAAAUCUCAAAUUGUGUUGUACGCUAAGUACUUAGAUUUAAUAAAUGACUCUCAAGAAAGAGCAGAAGCUGUUAGAACAGCUGUGAGUGCCAGGUUGGAUGUGGAAAAUAUUACAAAACACACUACGAUAAAACAAAUAUCACGCUUUCCUACUGAUACCGAAAAAAAUCAACCAAUUCGGGCAGGUGUUAUAACUGAAUAUGAUCAGUCCAAAGUUAACGCAUUGGAAUGGCUGACGUUUUUACCGGUCCAGCGAGAGGAAUUGUUAUGGCAGACAAAUAAUCUGAUACGAUUCUUUCUCGCUGAAAACAAAACUGAAUGUGUACGUGCUGCAUUUAGUAUGGUUCCAGCAGAUACAGUUGCAAAAAUAUUUGAACUUUAUGGAUCCCAGUAUAAUUUACCUGUACGCGAAGAUUGUUCAGUAAAAGAAUAUCUAUGUUAUCGUGUUUAUUUAGAGUCUAUAAAUCAUUUUAUGGAUUGGUCACAAUUGUCUGCAGAAAAACCCAAAAAACCAGAAGAACCCGAUGAAAAAUCAACUUUCACCGAACGUAUUGCAACAGAGUAUAAAGAUCAAAAUCAUCAAUUAGAACUAAAUCGUUGGAAAACAAAGUUUGAUAAGCACACAGAAGUCACACGUGAUGCACUUUACAACGUUUUACUUUUUCCACGAAACGGUUGGCUUGUUGAUCCAGACAUAGAAGAGAGGCCUAGCUAUAUCAGUAAAACAGACUGGAAUAAUCGAGCCUUACAAAUGGAAAAAUUACGUAGUAUUUACAUACCAGAAAUUGUAAAUUUUCUAUUUGAAGUCAUGUUCAAAACUGAAGAUUAUUUAGGAUGCGUUCAACUUGCUGAUGAAAUAGCGUCUGAACAUAGAAAACUGUAUAAAGUAUACACUCAACACAAAAUGUGUGAUUUGCUUCAGAAAAUCGCAAAAGCUUCGCAAGAAUUGUUAAAUAAUGGAACAGACGCAUUUGGUUGUAAAAUUUGUCUUUAAUUAAUAAAUUGUUAAUAAUAAUA